CAUAACGCUGUCGAUUGGCAGUCGACCGCGACGCGUUGCGUGGCGUGGAGUGUAGUUCAUAUUUUUCAUUCGCAUUUUGACCUAACCAAACGUAAAGAAACAUCAGAAAUUUUGUGAAAUUUGUUAGUAAUAACGUUUGAAAGUGUCGCUUAGUGUCGAGAAAUAUUUUAUGGUGUUCAUUUACGAUUAAGAGAGACGUACAAAAACAGUGUCAAAAACGCAAUUUUUCACUGUGUCUUUUUAACAACGAUUCUUUAACGCGCGUUUAAGAGCAAUCAAAAAGAAAAAAGGAAAAAGAAAAAGAACAGAUAAAAAAAAAGAAAGAAAAACAAGAAAACAUGGUGCUUCCCAAGUGUUACGGAUUUAUUAAAUACGCCCUCGUGUGGGUAAAUCUUGUCUUUUGGGCGGUUGGAUUAGCAGCAGUGGUCCUGGCGAUAUGGAUGUUAACCGAUCAAACCUUUCUCGUGUCCUUGGCACAAGAACAACACAAUUUCAACGCAGGCCUUUACAUCUUGCUAGCUGCUGGACUCGUCAUGCUUGUGGUAGCCUUCCUUGGAUGUUGCGGAGCCUUUCGUGAAUCUCAAUGUAUGCUCGUAGGCUUUUUCAGUUGUCUAUUGGUCGUAAUAGUUGCACAAAUUGCCGCUGGUGUUUGGCUCUAUACCAACAGUGAACGUCUCGAAGAGCUCGUAAAAUCAUCUGUAAUCAACACCGUUAAGAAGGAGUAUGGAUCCGUCGAUGUUCGUACUCAAACAGUGGAUGCCUUUCAAUCGGGUCUUGGAUGUUGUGGAGCUACAGGACCAGCUGAUUGGGCUGGCAGUACAUUUGCCAAUUUCGAUUCUUCCAUUCCUCUUAGUUUAACCGUUUCAUCAAAAUCGAACAAUGCGUACAAAGUACCGAAAUCCUGUUGCAAGGAUAAGGACAGUGUAGCUUGCGAUUUAGCUCGUAAUCUCAAAAUAGCAGAUAUAAUUAGUCCUGCUAUAUAUAACGAGGGAUGCAUAGACAAAUUGGUGGAAGCAUUGAAAAGUCAAAGUUGUAUUGUAAUCGGCGUUGCGAUAGCCGUCGGUAUCCUUGAACUUCUAGGUUUGAUAUUUGCCUUGAUUUUAUGCUGCGCAAGCGGAACGUCGGAUAGAUAUAAAGCCUAAAAUGAUCUGCGUUCUGUAUUCAGGGUCCUUCUUCGUCCAAUUUUUCCAUAUAAUAUUCAAACGCAAUAACUGAUAUCGUUGUUCUACUUUGUGCCAAGAUCGAUCGAUAUCAUUUUAUAUCAUUCUUUCUUAUUUUGUAUAAUUCUUAACGCAUAAAGAGAACCACUCGAAAGACCAAUCGAAAUAAUUUAAUGGAUUAUAAGAAAUUUCUGAGGAUAGGGAAUCGUAAAUUUAUUUACGAUAAUGCGAAGAAAUCGAUAUCAUUUUUAAUGGCACACAAUAUCAACGAUAUUCGAAUUCGUAUUGCACAAAACUUCUCCGUAUUUAUGAGAAUAUGUAUUACGAGUUUAUUUGUAUUUGUAUUUCAUGUAUUUUUUAAUUCUCUUUUUCUCCUUUUUUCUUUGUAAGAACUUCAAUGUCGUAAUUAUUUACAUUUACUUGUUUAAUAACUUUUAUGAGAUUAAAGAAUAGGUUCAAAACGACUGAAACGAUAAAAUCUCAACUGCACUGAAUCUCCGAAUUUAAUUAGAUUUACGUUGUGUGAUUUUUAAGAUCGCAUAUUUUAAUAAAUGCUCAAGAACAUAGAAAUUAUGUAAUGUUUAGAGUACCUACGCAUCGUAUGCUUUUUUCAGGCCAAAGUUAUACACCAAAAAAGAUUGGUAUCGAUUUUAAUAUAUAUAUAUAUUAUAUAUAUAUAUAUAUAUAUAUAUAUAUAUAUAUAUAUAUACACAUAUAUACACAUAUACAUAUAUACAUACAUACAUACAUACAUAUAUGCAUACAUACAUAUGUACGUACGUGCAUGUACAAACAUAUAUUUCUUAAAUGAAUAAAUAGACGAUGUGGGGCGUUGCGCGAAUCAAAGACAUUGACAGAUAUUAUUUAUUGUUGAAAUACACAUGAAAAAGUUUAAGCAAGAAUCAUGCAUGCACUGCCUUGGUGAUGAACAUGGUACAAAUACAAGCAAAUAUUUCGAUUGUCUCUUAUAGUGUGUGUGUGUGUGUGUUGUGUGUGUGUGUGCGCGUAUGCGUGCGCGCGAGAGUGCAUGUGUUUCAAAUCAAAAUAUAGACAUAGUGUAACACCCACAGAGUCUAGUCCACAGUGGUUUAAUUGUAAAUUGUUAAUGAUUAUCAAAAAAGAAAAAUAAUUUGCUUUAUUAAUAUACGUUUUUGCGCGUAACUCUUAUCGUUAACACUUUAGUAAUAAUGCUAAAUGUAUUCUCCGCUAUUGUAUAUUAUAGAAAAAAAUCAUGAUCUUAUACUUUUUUGUAGAUUCGUCAGAAAUUUAAUUAAGCGCUUAAUUUAUAUUUUUAGAACUUAAGUUAAGCAACAAGAACGUGUACUAUAUAUACCAAAACAAAAAGAAGUUUAAUAUGCAAAUAUAUUUCCAUAUAUGAUAUAUAUAUAUAUAUAUAUAUAUAUAUAUGUAUAUGUAUAUAUAUCCACAAUUGGCAAUAGUAUAAAAGAUGUAGAAAAAUAAUUCAUUUAUGUGUUCAUAAUUACGUUCAAUUUAUAUAACGAAUAACUUCACAAUCUAAACUAACAAUAAGUUACGUGUGUAUAUGCAUUAUUCAUGAACUAUUAAUUAUAUAUAUAUAUAUAUUCACGAUAGUUAAUAUUCCAAUUUUCUUUUAUAUACUCGUAAUUAUCACAGUUACUGCCAAGUUUUUAUUAUUUACCAUAAUUUUCUUCCAAUUUGUUCCAAAAAAAUUUACUCAUUGCGAGCAUAAAUACACAUUAUAAGUAUAUGUAUAGAUUAUAUGCGAUAAAAUAUUCAUAGCUUAUAAAAAAUGUUAAAUUCAUAACGAAAUAACCAUUAUAAAAUUGAUAAGCAGAGAAAUCAUAGCCGUUGUUAUUAAAAUUAUAAAUAUAAUAUAUACAAGAAUAUGUGGAGAUUUCUUUGUUCAUGCAUUUCAUUCCACUUUGAUAAUAAUAUAAGAUAGAUGUAUAUGGAUAAAUAAUAUAUGUUCUCAUCGUUUAUAUUUACUUUUUUAUAUGGAUAUAUUUAAUACUUCUCAGUAUGUAAAUACUUAUAAAAUAAUUCACGUAUGGUUACGUUAUCUUUAUACAAAUCUUUACCGAUCCAUACGAGGAAUCUUCACGAAUAUUCAUGCCUAUAUGACUCAUAUAGUGAUACAUAUGUAUGUACAAAUAAGGAACUAUACGAGUCCAAUGUCGAAUAAAUCCCGUUUACACAUC